UAAUUUUCCUGAUUUAUGCAAAUGAGUAAUUGCAAAUUUUUCCACUCUUCAGAUGCAGUGUCAGCUGAGAACCCUCAUAACCCCCAUCAUCACCAUUCCAACCAUCAACCACUACCUCCACCAUCAUCUCCGCUACCAUCAUCAUCAUCAGCUGCUCCCCCACAACAGCAACGCCUUCGGCUGCAGCUUUUUCACGACGACGAGAACAUUGGAGGGGAACACGUCAGAGAGGAAACUGCACAAUCACCAGGCAGAGAAAAAUUCUCGCUGCAUCAGCGUUCCAUUCGAAGUUUGGAAGGAAGGAGACGUCGAUGGUACCAAAAUAGCCAUCAUCUCUGGCACCAACAGCUUAAAAAAGACCAGCAGCUGCAACAGCACCAAGAACCCGAUCACCAACAGCACGAGCAUCAUCACCAACAUGAACAGCAUCAGCAUCAACACCACCAGCAUCAGCAGGAACACCACCAACAUCACCAACACCAGCAUCAGUAUCGCCCUCGCCAACAGCAACCCAUCCGUCUGCAGCGAUCUCACAGAAACCAUCGACUGCAGAAGCGACACCAGAUCCUACAGCAUCAGCAGCAACACCACCAACACCAUCACCGUCAGCAGAGACCUCACAUGCUACAGUUCACCCAGUCAGAGUACCGACAAACUGUGUCAGAGGACGUUCCGCUUCAUACUUCCAUCAUGACGGUAAGAGCGACUGCCGGCCAGAAUAAGGGACGCUCCGACAUCAGAUACCAACUUAGCGACACCACGAACUUCGGUAUUGACGAAGGCGGAGUCAUUUACAACUUGCGUCCUCUGGACUUCGAGAGUACCAACGGGCACUAUGUUCUCCAUAUCACAGCGGAAGACCUUGAAGGUGACCGGUGGGGCAGGAAUAAGGCGGUAGUGACGGCUAACAUUCAGGUGACAGACGCCCCAGAGGAACCUUACUUCGACUCCCCUCACUACUAUUUCUCCGUCUCCGAGUUCGCGCCCAGAGGCAGCUACAUCGGCACCGUCAGAGCUGACGACGAUGACGAGGAUCUCGACUACUAUUUCUUGGAGGGGGUCGAACCCCCUGAAAUGUUCACAAUAAACAGCGUGUCUGGGGUCGUGUCAUCAGGAUGGCCCCCAGAUGGCACACAAUGGCUCUACACCUUCAAGGCUGGUGCCAUUGACCACCGAGGUCACGUGACCUUAGUGCCAGUCACUGUCCACAUAAUAGCGAGCAGCCCUUCCUACGCUCGCCUGGUCUGGGUCACCAAUGACAACAAGAAACCGGAGUUUUCAGAGUGUGAAGCCUACGACGGAAUCCACGUGAACGAGAACGUGACCGCUGGCACCCCUGUUUUGCUGGUUCACGCGACGGACCAGGACUCAGGGAGAGAAGGAGCCCUUACCUAUACUCUCAUAAACGAUUUCGGUAGCUUUGCAAUCCACGCUUCCAACCAGCACGGCCAGGUCACCACCACCAGGAGGCUGGACCGAGACGGAGAAGACAAGGAGUUUUUCCUGACGGUGAUCGCUAAAGACGGUGGAGUUGAACCCUUGCAAGCUGCUUGUUCCUUCAGAGUUAUCGUCGACGACGUCAACGAUAACCCGCCAAUAUUCGACCAGCCGCGGUAUGAACAGAGCCUCGCCACUGACCACCUGCCGUCUUCACCGGUGUUGAGAGUGACCUCUUCUGACUUGGACUCUGGCAUCAACGCCCAGGUCACCUAUCACCUUGAGGGACUCCCGGAGUACCUCGAGUACUUCACCUUGGAGCCCAUCACGGGAGUCUUGUCCCUGAAGCGACCUCUAGAUGGAGCAAUGGUGAGUGUAGAGGAGGAAGGGUGGGAGGUAGGGCAAAGUUUAGGCGUCAAAGAUGUGAAGGAGAUUGUUCGCGUCAGUCAGUGGACAGCGGUGACGCCAUCGCUGUGGACGACGGUACCCGUCAGCGUGCACAGUGUGUUCCUCGGGGUGAGGAUUGACACCCUCCGGGUCAAGCAGAGCGCAGCUACCGAGAACCUUGAGAAAUACCACAGAGAACACGAAGUGGCCUGUUUCGUAGUGCCAGGUGAGAGGGUAGCCAAGGACACGCGGGACACUAGGUCCAACCUGCCUGACAACCCCAACGUGUACUUCACACUCCUGAAUGGCAACACCAGGGACGCCAACUCUGAUGGAACCUUCGCUAUCAGACGGCUGCCUGAGGGGCGUGGGGCGUGUGGAGACACUGCAGGAGUCACUAUCUUCGUAGCCACCAGGAACCUUGACUUCGAGAGCGUCCAGGCGUACAAGCUCAACCUGCAGAUUGUGAACGACAGGAACGCCCGUCAGGAGAAGCAGGUUGUGGUGGAUAUCGUAGACGUGAACGACAAUGCUCCGCUACUUCAACCCUUUGACGGAGCAGUACUGGAGAACACAGACAGUACUCUCAUCACAACCAUCCAAGCUCUCGACAAGGAUGCAUCUCCACGCUUCAGACAGCUGACGUACUCGUUCGACGCCACUGCCUCCCCAGACGUCAUGACCAAAUUUACUCUCAAGCCUAACGGGGAACUGUGGACCACGAAGCCGCUGGACCGCGAAGAAGAGAAGCAGUACCGUAUUCCCAUCCAGGUCACGGACGGAGUAGCAGAACACGAGAGGAUGACCAUCUACUGGAUAACGGUCCAAGACCUGAACGACGUGCCUCCAGAACUGGAUGCUGCUCUUGGAGUAUACGAGGUCCAGUUGCCGGAAAACAGAGAGGUGGGCAAGCCCACUGGAAUCCACCUUAUGGUCACGGAUCCUGAUAUCGUGAAUCACUUCACCUACCAGAUUGUCGAGGGAAACGAUGAACGUAAAUUUCGGAUCGACUCGUCGACGGGGGAUGUACUGGUCAAUAAACCACUCGACUACGAUCAUCCCGUAGUCGAUAGAAAUUUCACGAUGCGAGUUCGCGUGAGUGACGGGAACAACGCUCCAGCGGAGGCGGACAUCACCAUAGCCGUAGCCAAUGUCAACGACCUUCAACCCGUCUUUGAGAAAGCUAACUACACGUUCACCGUGACAGAGAACACAGAUUGCUCCAUCAUCCUUGGCAAGGUAUCAGCGCUGGACCCGGAUCUUCCACCCACAGCCAAUCAGAAUAUUCUCUACUACCUCUCACCAGCCGAACUCGGGAAAUUUUUCCAAAUAAACGACCGGUCGGGUCAACUCACCAUGAAAGGGUGCCUGGACAGGGAGGCAGCUCUACGUGGCACGAUGACCCUCUACCCCAGGGCCAAUGAUGAAGGUGGGAAAGGUCACGACGCUGACCCCGCCACCGUCCAGGUCAUCAUCAAUGACCUUAACGACAACUAUCCACACUUCAUCAAACCAGAACAGAGUUACGCCAGGAUCCUGGAAAACCUGGAGCCAAGUUUGUUGGAACCUGUGAUCAUUGAACUCGGGGACCUGGACAGCGAGAUGAAUGGGUGUCCGUGUUCCCUUGAGUUCCACGCGCACACUCCCAAACACAUCAGGGACAAGUUCUCACUCACACCCAUGGAAAAGUCCCGGUACAGACUGAGCCCCGUGACGGUAUUGGACCGGGAGCAGCGCAAGGUGUACCGGCUUCCCUUCACGGCCCGGGACACCCGGGGCCUGGCAGGUACACGGUACCUAACACUGGAGGUCGCUGAUGAGAAUGAUUCUCCCAUGACUGAUGGGGAGAGUACCAUCAAGGUGUACAACUACCAGGGUCAGUUUCCAGCUAUGGUCAUCGGGUCAGUUUACGUCUCAGACGAGGAUGACCACGACAGACAAGACAAGACCUUCGAGGUGGACGCCAGCACUUCGCCCGAAGUCGCUGCCCGCUUCAAAGUUGACCUCUACACCGGGAACAUCACCAUGGUCAAAGGAACCUCCGCUGGCACCCACGUCCUCAGAGUCAAGGUGCACGACAACUUUCGACGGGAAAUGGCCAUCGGACAGACGACCAUCAACGUGGUGGACCUGACUCUGUCUGCCGUCAUGCAGUCUGGUUCACUGAGACUAGCCAACACGACCACACACAACAUGUUGCAACAACGCCAGCCAGGAGCCACGGGGACUAGUCUCUAUGAACGCCUCAAGAAGCAGAUCGCCAGAAUCCACGACAUAUCGGAUUCUCAGGUUGAUGUGUUUGCUCUGAAGGAUGUAGGCAGUGAGGGUGUGGGUGCUGGUGUCGGAGUGGAGGUGAGGUACAACUGUCACGGCUCUCCUUACUACACCGCUGCCCGUCUUGACGGUGUCAUGCUGAGGAGAAGACGGCAGGUAUCAGAGGCUUUGGGGGUUGACAUCUCCAUGGUAGACAUAAACGCGUGUUUGUACGAGGCCACGUCCCCUUGUGGUGUCAAGAGCUGUCAACACACGAUGCGACCCAACCUGACGUCGCCCCUCGUCGUCUCCAGCAGUACUGCCACAGUCGUAGGUGUGGACAUCGCUGACGACUAUGCAUGUGACUGCGGAGCUCUGGAGCCCCUCCCAUCAGUGUGCUUCCCGGGAUUCUGCUUUAACGGAGGCACUUGUUUUGUCAGAAACAACACGCUUACAUGCUCCUGUCUCGACGGCACGAACUACGGCCCGCGGUGCGAACUGCUUACUGCUAGAUUCGAGAGAGGUUUUGCCUGGUUUGAACCCCUGACUGUGUGUGAUCAUUCGUCCCUCUCGGUGACGUUUGAAACCAACGAUGAUAGCGGGGUUCUCCUAUAUACGGGUCCCACAGUGUUAUCCCCAUGGCCAGAUUAUCCUCCAGAUUUCCUAUAUGUAGUAAUCCACUGUUGGACAGUCGAGACUUUCCUCGAUUUGGGAACAGGAACCAUCAACGUUUCCAUCCCAAUCGAACCCAACAUGGACCGGGCUUUCGAAUACAUCAUCACCUGGAACGAGGGAGGUGUCACAGUAGAAGUCAUUGACUGUGGAAUCAACGCAACGCUGGACUCUUCAGAGCCAUGUAAGAAGACUGUUCCCUUAGCAGGGCUUUCCAACAGUCCUCCCAGUCACUUGCUCAACGUCCAGGGGCCCUUACAAAUCGGCGGUGUUGCAGCAAUGGUCAGCUUCCCACAACUGGCAGCCUCGUACGGCUGGACUCAGACGCCUCCAGCAGUCUACCCCUUCAGUGGCUGCAUUCUCGAAGUGCGUCACAACGACCACCUCUACGACCUCAAUGCCACAGAUUUCAGCAAGCAGACCUUCCAGCCGUGUGACGCUCCAAGAACUUCCAGAGUGGUUCUUGGACAACAGUCCAUCAUUAUAAUUCUGGCCAGCCUGCUCUGCCUCCUGCUGUUGGUGGUGGUGAUCCUGUGCCUGGCAAGGCGAGGCAAGAAGACCAUCUCCUACCCUGACCUGGACCGGGAGCUCGUUAAGGAGACGAUGGGAGACACCGACGUCGAGGGCUUCGGCGAGAAGGACGUUACCCACUUUGACCUAAAGUUCCUGCAAGUUACUCCCGACGGCUACCUCGUAAAUGACGAGGACAACGAAGCUGGUCUGCCUGACGUAGCUCAAGACGCCUGCCAGCGUCUUGCAGCACCGCUCGCCCAGAUGCCUGAAGGUCUCAGCGUUGGCGACUUCAUUAAAGAAAACAUCCUAAAGGUGGACCAGUGCCACCAGGAUGUUGACGACGUCAGGCACUACAACGUGCAGGGAGAUGAGAUGUCAGCAGCCUCUCUCUCCUCCCUGGCCUCAGGGUCCUCCAGGAGCGAUGGACUCUUCGACUACCGGAGCGACUGGGGUCAGCGCUUCGAGAAAUUGGCCCAGAUUUAUGCCCCAGAAUCGGACGCCGAAGAGGAUAGUGAAUACGAAUUCCCGGACAUCCCCAGCAAACCCAGAGAGGAACACCACCUCCUCCUGCGUCCCGAGUCGGCAAAAACAACUAAAAACGACCUCCAGCUAACUUCUUCAAAGAACGUCAGGAAAGAAAACGAGUCUCCCGUUCCUUCGGCGGCUGGUGAGAGCAAUAUUGGGUCGCCAGCCCCCGAUGGAAGAGCGAAGAACGCAGAAGCCCCAACGCAAGUUUCAGCUAGCAAAAAUCUGACUGAAUCUGCUGGGGCCUCCCCGACUAGCAAAGUCAAGAACUAUUCCUCGACUUUAACUUUGCCCAACGGCAAGAAAACGGAUUCCCCGCCCUCUCCUUCGAACCAGAAACACAAAGUGGAUCCACCCUCGCCCAUUUUAGCUACUAAACAAAAGCUGGACGUACCAUCCCCACAUCCAUCCAGAAAAAAGGAAGGGGAUGCCAAUCCUCCAGCAUCCCCUUUAGCCAAUAGGCAGAAUCCCGUCAGCUCCCCUUCUUCCCCUUUAGCCAAUAAACUCAGGACUGAACCCCCUUCCCCUUUAACCAAUAAACUCAGGAUUGAAUCCCCUUCUUCCCAUUUAAGCAGUAGGUACAUUUCCGAUUCCUCUGUGACCACUAUCAGUAACUUGUACAAGAGUCCAGCCCAGAGGUCUUUAGAAUCCAAUAGGUAUAUGACCUUGCCCACUAGUUCCUCCAAGUUGCCUAAGGAAGGAGCAACAACCGACUCCAACACGGCAACGGCCACUCUAAGAUCCAAGAACUCUGAGCAGAAGGCUGGUGGCCAGACAGUAAUGGUACCGAAGAGUAAAGAUUACCACGACAGGGUGAAAGCUAACUCGACGGCUUCAGUGUUACCAGUUAAGGGGAUAGAAACUUGGUGCUAGCGCAAGGUGUUAUGACUAUCACCAGAAAUAUUAACUACUAGCGCGUGGUGUUGUUUCCACCACAACUACUACCAUAACUACUUCCUGAUUCUGUAACAGGAAGCUCAGCAAAUCUGUUGAUUUCAAAGCUGACUUUUUGGUAAAUAACAUUGGAGAUAAGCGCCACACGCGGACGUUCCUUGCUCAAAGCAUUCCCUCAGGGGGAUACCUAUUAACAUUCCAGCUAGAAUAAGGCUUGACUAGGUUAGCUAUAGCUGCAAGCCUGGGCUCAGACGCCAUUUAGGCAGCUCAUCAGUUCUCUGCAAACCGCACCAACACACAAAUACAAGCAAGGUGACUCUCGAACUGCCAGCGAGAGAAAUCAUUUACCAGAUUUGAUGUAAAUCUUUAAAGUGCGUAUCUACAGACUAACCCGUGUGUCGGCUUUAAUGGUAAAAGCCAUUAUACUCUUAUUUUGCCGUGUUGGUGAGGCGUCUGACGAAACAGGGAAUUGAGGCAUAAUUCCGUGACUAAAGCAAUUCACAAGUAAUCCCACAAUUUGAAGAGGAAGCUUGUUUCGGUCCUUCCUUGGCCAUUAUCAAGUCACGAGUGGACUUCAUGGACCAGCACGGACCGAAACGUCAUCUGAACUUGACUCUCCAAAGUGUGAGUUAGUUGAGAACGGAACUGUCAGUGUACACAGUGGAUUUUCACGUUAUUUUCCGCGUCCCACAUACAUGAGGGAGAAGGAGGAUAAAGGAGAGGAGAAAGUAGUGGAGAACGGGGAGGGAGGUAAGGAAGAGGAGAAAGUAGUAAAUGUAAAAGUGCUUUGUGACUCAUAACACUGAAGAUGACAGAAUGAAAACCAAACCGAGUUUGAUGCACUUUCACUCAUGUUCCUGUCCCUUCUUCCUCUCGCUCAGCUCCUUGACUGCCUUAUAUGUGCAUCUCUAUCUUUUUGCAAUUCCCUUUUACUGUGCAUCCUUGUUCCAUUGUGUAUCCUUCCAUUGCAAUAUUUAUCUCAUCGUAUUUUUUAUAUCCACCUUCCUGUCAUAUCUCAAUGAAAAUACUGAUCUCCCUCCCUCCCUCUCCCUCUCUCCUUCCCUAUUUUCUCCCUCCCUUUCCUACUUCUCCCAGUCCCUCCUCCCUCUCAUGCAUGUGUUCCUUUCCUUGCAUGUCUCUCCUGCCUUCGUUUUUUUCUAAAUUAUAGACGAUUUUUUUACAUAUACGUGAAAGAGUGUACUAAAAUUAAGUGUAUGUUAAAUGUGUGUGUGUGUGUGUGUGUGUGUGUGUGUGUGUGUGUGUGUGUGUGUGUGUGUGUGUG